AUGGACUCAAUGGAGGAAGAACAAUGUUUACAUCAGUGUGAAAACUAUAUUCAGAAUCAUAACAUUCAAACAUUAUUAAAAGAUUGUAUCGUUCAGUUAUGUUUACAUAAGCCAGAAAAUCCUGUUGUGUUUUUGCGGCAGUAUUUUCAAAAGUUAGAAAGAGAACAAGUUAAAGCAGCAGCAGCGGCGGCGGCCACAUCAGAGGGAGAAGCAGAUGGCGAACUGUCGCCUUUACCAGUGCCAGGCGGACAGCUGCCGCGUAGACGAGGGGGCAUCAGUGCCGAACCGGUCACUGAAGAAGAUGCUACCAGUUAUGUUAAAAAGGUGGUGCCAAAAGACUACAAAACAAUGGGAGCUCUAUCACGAGCCAUCGCGUCUAACGUGCUAUUUACACACCUAGACGAAUCGGAGCGCGCAGAUAUGUUCGACGCCAUGUUCCCUGUGCAGUGUCUUCAGGGUGAAACUGUAAUUCGGCAAGGGGAUGAAGGAGAUAACUUUUAUAUCAUUGACUCUGGAGAAGUUGAGGUGCUAGUGAACGGGGAGGUGGUGACGAGCAUAGGCGAGGGCGGCAGCUUCGGCGAGCUGGCGCUCAUCUACGGCACGCCGCGCGCCGCCACCGUGCGCGCGCGCUCGCCGCUCAAGCUGUGGGGGCUGGACCGCGACUCCUACCGCCGCAUCCUCAUGGGCUCCACCAUCCGCAAGCGCCGCAUGUACGACGAGUUCCUCUCGCGCGUCAGCAUACUGGGUAUUGUAUUCUGUAUUAAGCUU